AUGGUUGAAAUAAUUGAAAUUGGAGCCCCUUUCUACUGCCUACCAAGACCUUGUGUUCUGGGUGAAGGCCCUAUCUUCAGGGACAGCGAUAAUACGUUGCACUACAACGACUGUCUUUCCAACCCUCCUCAGAUCCACAUUUUAUCCGUUGACCCUGCCACUGGAGAUGCUAUUGUUCCCGGGGUUGAAUUUACUGAGGCCUCAACCGCAAUCGCCAAUAAGACGAUUCCUGGCCUCAAGGUACUGGAUCUCGAAGACAGCGUUACCGUCCAGUUUUUUAGAAAAAAUCACCCAAAGUCGUACAUUUGUGCCUAUUACCAGGGUAUCGCCUUCCUGGACGAGGAAACCGGAAAACUCGACGUUUUGAAGGAAAUUAUCCCCAACGAUGAGAGACAUAUCAGGAGAUUCAACGAUGGGGCUGUCGACUGCAAGGGCCGUUUUUGGGCUGCCGAGAUAGACGUCAAGGGACUUGCUUUUGGAGUUGGAAAGCUGCCCACGGAUUACGGAACUCCUUUGGGACGUCUUUGGAGAUACGACCCAGAUGGAGGACUUACCCAAAUGGAGGACGGCUUGGUAUGUGGUAACGGAUUGGCCUGGAGCCCAGACAACACCAAGAUGUACCUGAAUGACUCCGUCUCGCAGUUGACUUUUGUCUACGAUUUUGACCAGGAAACUGGCUCUAUCUCUAACAAGAAGAUUUUCAUUGACAACAGGGGCAAAAUAGGCGAGCCAGAUGGAAUGGUGGUGGAUGUCGAGGGCAACCUUUGGAUCGCCAUGUACAACGGUUUCGCUGUCAAUGUUUACAACCCCCAUGGUGAGCUGAUCAAACAAGUCAAAUUGGAUGCAAAGUGUCUUGCAUGCACCACCUGGGGAGGCAAGGACUCGGACGUGAUCUACGUGGUGAGUGCGUACAACAAGUUUGAUGAUAGAACACCCGAAGAUGCUGGUGGACACCUCUUCAAGUUCAAGACUGGAGUCAAGGGCGUGAGUAAGUAUGAGUUUGCCGGUUAA